UAGUUACAAGAUAAACCAGAUGCAAGAUAAAAUUGGAGUCUUUGUGAGCAUUGUCAGCACAAAAAUCCCCUUCAAGGGGACAGGGAAGGAAUAUAUUGGAGAUGAUAUAACCGAAAUUGCUACUGCUGUUAAGUAUGCCAUUCAGCAAUGCUGCAUCCAGCUUAAAAGUAAAAUAGUAAAGAAAAUGCAGGCGCGUGAGCAACAAGAGAGAAAAAGAAACUUGAGCAAGUACGUCCCUAAUGCUGCUGGAGCGGUGUAUGAUGUUCUGAAAGAGAUGGCACAAUCUCAUGCUUUAAAGAAGAAACGCUACGAGGAUGAGGAUGCCGAUUUGCUGGACAAAGUAUCAGCUCGUUUAAUUACAAAAGAUAUGCUUACGGAAAAACUAUCUCAACAUGUUGAAAAGGUGGAUUAUGAAAUGGCUUUGGAGUUUGCCACACAGAGAGGAGUUAGUGAGGAGCCCAGAGAAGCUAUCUAUAUACAAUCUUUAGACGCCAAAAGUGACUUCAUUGAGUUCAGCAAUUCAAUCUUCUGCUUCAGGCUGAUCCGGUAAAAUUCUAUUAUUCCUGCCAUUUGUUGGAUAAAUACAAGAUUUGGCCAUGAUGUUUGUUGUGUCUCUCAGCGUAAGCCUAGAUAUUUAAUCUGCAUUUGUGCUUAAAGUACAUUCUGAACAGGCAGCUCUUCAAGCUUACACUAUAUUUCUGAGGUGCUUGGUCAACAGACCUCUUCUUUUAGUUCAAUUGGCAUCGUCCUUUACGUUUUCUUUGCAAA